GUUGCGCCUGUAGGCCUCCAAUGACAUCGCCUUUUUCACGACCGAUUUCGCAUCACGCCGCACACGCGCUUCUUGAUGAACAACUGCUAUUGAUCGCUUUCAGAUUCAGAACAUUGUAUUGCAUCCACCUACGUGCCAGUUACGCCGCUUCUGCAACCAAUUGAACAAAACCAUCGCUGGCGAACGAAUAAGAAGAAACGUGCACUACGACUUACUUUGCUUUAACGACACCAUGAGCACCAUGGUAGAUAACGUCCGCGAUUAUGCACAAAGCAACCCACUUCAUGUUGUUGCAGGACUUAUGAUUGCGUUGCCGGGAACCUAUCUCUACAUUUCUGGAAAAUCUCUCUGCGCUACUGGAAUCUGCACUAAUGCGACCAUGUCAACUCAAUCCCUUUUGGAAAGCGUUACCAACAGCUUAUCAGCCUGUGAGGCGUCUUCUCUGAAUCAGAACUUCUUCCUGCCACUAUCCAAAUGGAGCGACAAGCCUGCGCCAACGUUCGUGGUCCACGUCAUCCGCGGCGCCCGCAACAAUGCGAUCCUAGUUCUAACUACCAUAGGAGAAAAACUGGGGCUCGACGUCCAACAAACAUGGCGCACUGUUGAAGAACGCUGGGUUCCAUAUUGUCCACUUUCGCGCGUGGUGUCAGUCGCGAUCACCACCGCUUUGCCAGGAGCAUUUCUAGCAUUCAUACGAAGAUACCCUAAUUCAUGGGCCGCGCGCCAUCAGACGAAGAUUGCAAACGCACUGCAUGUUUGCGCUCUUGUGACAGUCGCAAACCAGCGAUUCUCCAUCCAAGACUUGCUUGUCGCAGCCUUAGUCGUCGUCUCGUUUGAGGCGUUGCAACAAGUGACCCACGAGUCAGAACGGCCGUUCGCCGUUGAAACCCGCUUGCACGCACACGGUGUCGACCACUCAACUAUGACCGGAUCACCCCGGCCUGCAAAUUUCACGCGCAAACACUCGUCUUCGAAUCCGGAGGCGCUUUCGCUGUCUAGUGGGAGCAAGGACGCAGAGAUUGACAGAAUGAACAAGCGGCUCGCAGAGGCCAGGAAGAAUGAGAAGGCUAGGGAUAUCGAUCUGAAGCGCACAAAGGCUGAGCUGAACAAUGCGCGUACAACGCUGAAUGAGACUUUCGCUGAGUACGCGUCGAUGCGCGAUGAGCUUAAGACGAUGAAGCAGAGGCUGGGCCGAGAUCACCAGGCUGAGGUCUAUCGAAAAGACAUCGAACUCUUCGCCCUGCGCAAAGCAAACGAACAGAAAGAGAACUAUAUCAAAGACCGUGAGGGUAAAUUGGACGACGUUCAUCGACAUCACAAGACCACGUUGGAGCUCAAAGACGCUGAGCUACGAAACCUCAAAGACCGAAUCGUGUUUCUGGAGAGGCAAAACAGUCCAAGAUUUGAUGACGGUAAAAUCGAUAGCGCGACCGGAAGCGACUCGCAGGCUGCACUACAGGUCAAGUUCCUUCGCGUUAAGGGCAGAAACUCCGCCGAGAUCGAAGAACGGACGCUCGAUGAGAAAGACGAUGAGAUUGCCAAGUUGAAGGCCGACCUUGCUGACGCUGUUGCUGUCAGCAAGACUCUGGACAACAUCCAGAUCGAGCUACGAAGAGCAUGGGAUGCGACAUCCGAGGUACAACAAUCCCUUAACGAUGAGCGGAAACAGCACGCCCAAACUCAGGAGAAGCUCCGUGAGGCCGGUUUAAAACUCGAAGAAGAGCUCAACAAACAGGCGCAGCGACCCUCACCGAGUCACAGAUUGUCCACCAUCGAGGAGCAGAAUGCGCAAGAGCUGGAAGCCAUGUUCAACGCUGCGCAACAAGACAACUCCCGACUCUACGGGGAGGUAGAGGCCCUCGAAAAGCGUGUCCGCGAAGCCAACGCCCGCGUCUUCAUGUCCGAGCAAGGCGCCGAAGCACUGCGCGAGCAGCUCCGGCUUGAGAAAGCCAUUAACGACGACAUGGAGACUGCGCGUCCGAGCUUGGUGCACCGCGUGCACUUCCAGCGCAUGGAGGGCCAACUGAAGGAGAGUCGCGAGCAGCUCGAGGACAAAGACGAGGAGAUUAUAAAGCUGCAGAGGCUUGCUUUAGAGCAAGAUGCCAAAUUCGACGAGCUCAUCAAGGCCAACGAAACCUCUGCCUCCGCGCAGGCUGCACUCCAGCAGGAAAACCACCGCCUCAAGCAGUCUAUCAAAGAGCUCGAAUCUACCAAGGAACAACUCAUGCUCGACCACGAGCGCCUCGCCCGCCACCGCGCCCGCAAUCGCACCACCUCCACCGAAAACACUUCCGCCCGCUCCAGCGGCGCAACCCUCAUCACCGAACCCUCCACCAUUCCCCCAAUCCCGCCCAUUCCCACCGACGACGAAGACCUUCCGCUCCCCGCGCGCCCCGUAUCCAUCGCCCGCUCAAGCAGCAUACAGGGAACGCCCGAGCGCCUCCUCCGCCAUGAACCUAACCCCAACCGCCUCAGUAUGAUAUCCACGGACGUCCCGCCCGCGGAGCUGCGCCACUCGCGCCGCAAGUCGCUCACGCUGAAGGGCUUGAUGCGCAAGAUUGCGCGGAGGGACGACGACGAGCCGAAGACUUCCGAUGUUCCCAGCCCUGUGGUAACGAGCCCGCGCCCGAAGACGGCGCUCAUGCCCAAGGAUAGAAAUGUGAUGAUUCGGCCGAAGACGGCGGCGCCGGAGGUUGCGGGGGAGAAGAAGGAGAUGGAUUUGCGAAAUGAGAAAGAGGGAGAGAGACCGAAGACGGCGGCGCCGACCAAGGAGGCGAUUGGGCAUCGGAGGUUUCUAUCUGAGGGAAGACCGAAGACGGCAGUUACGGGGAUUAGGAAGGGGGAAGGGAGGGCGGAGGGGGACGCUGUGGAGUGGCCUAAGAGUCGGGGUUGGGGUGCUUCGAGGAAGCUCGUGAGGAGGUCGAUGGCGUGAUGAUAACGACGAUGAAUUUACUACAGGUGUGAUGAUUUGAAUGUUG